GCCGAAGCCAAAGCUCUCUAGAACUUGCGCGCCGCAUUCCCGCUACGGUGGCCCCUUCUAGCCACCGUAUUCCCGCUAAACCUUUGAUUAUCGUAUUUGUAAACCUUUGUUGGAAGUCGUCGUUGCGGAGACGACUAAUGGAUCCUCGCAACGAGACCUGCACGCGUACCCUACAUACGAGUGCUGUUGCUUGUGAAGUGCUGGAUGCCCGAAGAUCGUAGUCAGUUGCUUUCCGCGUGAUACAUCUCGGCGACGCAACGUAAGCAAAUGGAAUGAACUGGCGCUGUGGCAGUAUGUCAUCGCAGGAUCAAGACGAGUGCAGCAACAGUUGCACAGCUGCGAACGCAUCUUCGGAGGACAACGAGUUCGUACAGGCGAUCAAAAUUGAAGGCGCUCGCUAUUUCCUCCACACCGUAGCAAAGCCCUCCGCCGCAAAGCCGACGGAGUACGAGCUCCUACUCGGCGACGGUCAUCAGUGUUUCAGCGGCCACGUGCAGAUCCCCGAUGAGUCGGAAGAGAUGGCACGCGCAUUCCACACAGCGCUCACCGCGGGUGGUCGAGAGUUCGUUUACCGUCUCAAGCCGGCCGGUGAGGAGCAAGCUCGCUUCUCGUGGCUGCGACGGGUUUCGUACGAAAUGCUGUCCCGGAUAAACGAAGUGCUGCUGCGGCGCGACAACGACGGUGGUCCCAGGUUGCUCGAGGCUGCGCUGCGCAUCGUGGAACAGCGCGACGCGAACCUGGCUCGACUGCGCGACGAGCUCCAGAGGACGCAAGCCGAGCAGGCGCGGACCCUGGAAGCCCUGCAAAGGAGCGUGCGCCUCAAGGAGGAAAUGGAAACUGAGCUGUACGCCAAGUUCAGCCUGGUGCUGAACGCGAAGAAGCGCUUCAUCCGCGAACGGACCACGACAGAGCAGGCCACUGAAGUGAACGAAGCCGCUGCCAGCACCUCUGCCAGCCAGCCGGCGUCCGUGCCCGAUCUACUGGACCGGCUUGUGUCAGGACAGUAAGGGCAUCGCUAUAUGAUGUUAUAGCCACUAAGUAUGUGGCCCAUCCUUGCGCGGCUGCCUGUAGCCAUUGUGGUGCCCGUGCUAGCAUUGUGAAUUUCACACAUCAAACAAUAUGUAUAAUAAUACUGCACAUUUUGAAGUUA